AUUCUCAAGGAUUUCAGGUGUUGAUUGGCUGGACAGUCGAAGAUUGGAAAAACAUUGCCUGAUCUUGCUUCAAUCUUCAACUGUUCAGUUUGGGUGAGCCUGUACCUGCUGUAGCCUCAUAUUCCUGUUCUUAGCUGAAAGAAGUGGAACCCGAAGUGCGUUUCUGCUGUUGUAGCCCAUCUGCCUCAAGCGCUGACGUUUCGAGAUCUGAGAUGCUUUUUUGCUCACCAUGGUUGUAAAGUGUGGUUAUUUGAGUUACCAAAGCCUUCCUGUUAGCUUGAACCAGUCUGGCCAUUCUCCUCUGCCCUUUUCAUCAACAAGGCAGUUCGGCCUGCAGAACUACAGCAUACUAGAUGUAUUUUUUCCCCCCACACUCUUCUGUGUAAACUCUAGAGACUAUUGUGCAUGAAUAUACCAGGAGAUCGGUAGUAUCUGAAAUACUCAAACAAGCCCUGCACCAACAACCGUGGUACCUUUUUUUUUUCCCCAAAAAAAGAAACUUUGCAACAUAAUGUCCAUUUCUAAAUCAGAUUAUGAGAACCAAAAAGGAAUUCCUGUUGGUUUCUAAGUUUGUUUUCUGAUGCCCAGUGCUUAUGUUUCUUUGUCAUUUUCACCGUGAUGUUGUUGUCUUGCUCAGCCGUGGCUCUCUACAGACUUUCAUCAAAGGGAGGAGUUCCAAAGCACAGCAUUCACCAAAGUCAUGCUCAUGUUCAUGUUCAUCACAAGACAUAGUCGAGAGAACUUCUGAAUGCACCCAGAAACAAAGAUGAACUGGUUAUCGAUCUAUGCAUUUCUUUUUUUCUUCUUUAUUUUUAAGAAAUGUCAGACUGACUCCCAUUCCUGUGGGUAUCCCCCAUCCCUAUGGUGUAGCAGUUUGGAAAUCGCAGUGGAAUGUGGGGUUCAGAAACAGUGUAUGGAGCUAAAUGCCACCAGGCCUGUUCCAUCUUCCCCUCCUGUAGAGGUAUCUGUGUACUAUGAAAGCUUCUGUCCAGGUUGUAGAACUUUCCUGACUGGUCAACUUUUCCCUACCUGGACAAUGCUCGGAGAUAUCAUGAGGGUACAUCUAGUGCCCUAUGGCAAUGCAAAGGAACUUCCUGAACAGAAUUUGUUUUCAUGCCAGCACGGCAAGCUGGAAUGCCAAGCUAACAUGAUUGAGGCUUGCAUUCUGAAUGUCACUGGCCAUGCAGCGUUUCCAGUUAUUUACUGCAUGGAGUCUUCAUCGGAUGUGAUAAAUGCAGCUCAGCCUUGUCUGCAGUUGUAUGCCCCGUCAGUGGAAUGGGGGACUGUAGAAUCAUGUAUGAGAGGAAGUCUCGGACAUCGUCUCAUGCAUGAGAACGCCCUGAAGACUCAAGCUCUCAGACCACAACACACCCAUGUCCCUUGGGUCACAUUCAAUGGGUUAUACAGGGAUGACUGGGAAGAUAAGGCAAUGUCUACUCUCUUUAACCUCAUCUGCAAGUUGUAUAAAGGAAUCAAGCCACCUACCUGCACUGGAGCUCCGACGAAACUGGAUCAAAGCUUUUGUUACAGCUUUUUUUAAUGUGUACCAAUGCAGUUGGUUACUCCUUCUAAGCCUAGAUAAAGGAAACCUAGGUUAAUCUUUACAUGUAUGAUAUGAGUUAUGUGCUUCUUAAAAAAUGUUUACUUCAUAUUAGAGGUGUUAUAGCUUAAAAUAACUUAACACAACACUUCCUAUUACUUUCUGUUCCAUCACAAUAUUUUACUGAAACAUAACAUAGUAUAAAUGCAACUAAUAUCCGCAUAAGCACAAUACAUUAAAAAGGAGUGAACUCUAUAGAGGCCUGGUUUUGCUUCAUAGAAAUAAUACUAUAC